AUGCCAGAAGGUUUGCCUUGGUUGUACGAUACGGCUCUUGGUUGGGUAAUUUCGGGCCCUUUGUCAAAGGAUGAUGAUCAUAGCGUUGUCGAGGUAUCCACCGUCUGUGCACUAGGAACAACCACUGCGUGGAUGAAUUCAGAACCAUUAAUCAGGCAGUCGAAACAUGAGGAGGAGUUAGCGUUUGAAAGAUAUUUUCAAGACACUCAUAGUCGAUUAGCGGAUGGGCGUUUUGUCGUUCGACUACCGUUUCGAAUAGAACCAUCACUGCUUGGGGGUUCAAUGAAUAUGGCUCUUAAGCCAUUCCUGACACUUGAGAAAAAAAUGUGUAAUAAUUCAGAGUUGGCAUCAGAGUAUAAAAAGUUUCUCAAGGAAUAUGAAGAGAUGGGCAACAUGUCGAAAAUAGAAGAUACCGUCGCAACACCCGGUACUUAUUAUUAUAUACCUCACCAUGUGGUGUAUAAAGAUUCAAGUAGCAUCACCAAGUUGCGAGUUGUUUUCGAUGCUUCUAUGAAAAUCACUACUGAUUAUUCUCUGGAUGAUAUUCUGAUGACCGGUCCUGUCGUGCAACAAGAGCUUUUCGAUAUAGUGCUGCGUUUCCGUUACUAUUUGUACGUGGUUACUGCAGAUGUUGCCAAGAUGUACCGUCAGGUCCUCGUCCAUGAGAAUGAUCGACAUUUUCAAAGAAUAUUAUGGCGCGAUGCACCUAACAAGCCUUUACAACAUUAUGUACUUAAUACUGUAACUUACUGGACGGUUCCCGCUUCGUUUUUAGCCACUAGAGUUCUUCAGGAGUUAGCACUUGGCAGCUCUACUAAAUAUCCUAAGGCAAGCUUAUCAAUACUACAAGACUUUUACAUGGAUGAUUACCUUAGCGGUGCUGACAGCAUGGAGGAUAUAAAGACCCUGUAUCAGGAGGUUUCUAAAAUAUUAGGAAAUGGUGGUAUGCACCUGCGUAAAUGGUGUUCAAAUGCUGAGGAAUUACUCUCACAACGACUGCUCCCGUAG